AUGUUGUCUUGGGUCUACCCCGUCCGGAUCGUCCAGGCCAUAUUUGCCCUGGCGACCAUCGGCUUGAGCGCAUAUGUCAUCGGCACCCUCUACGACACCUGGUCCUUCUCCAACACCAUCUACUACAUGCUCUUCAAUGGCUGCUGGACCACCGUCGUCGCCGUCCCCUACCUCGGCCUGGCCCCGUUGUGGCUACCUCGCAUCUCGCAUGAGUGGGUCAUCCCCGCCGUCGAGGUUGUCACCAUGUGUCUCUGGCUGAGCGGCUGGAUUGCCCUCGCCGCCAUGAUCCCCAAGCCCGGCUCCUGCAACUACCCCAGCUGCCACGGUCUGCAGGCACUGAUUGUCGUUGCGGCCGUUGAGUGGGCCCUGUUCCUCUUCACCAAUGCCUUCGCCCUGCUGGACGUCAAGAACUCGCGCUACAACCGCAAGCACCACCAGGAGCAGCAGCAGCAGCCUCCCGUCUCGGAAGUCACCAGCACCUCCGAGGUGACCAGUGCCCCUGAAGAAGUCUAA